CUUUUUUUUCUGGCUUUGUAGUCACAGCCUCAUCAUGUCUGGACGCGGAAAACAGGGUGGCAAGGCUCGCGCCAAGGCCAAGACGCGCUCGUCGCGGGCCGGGCUGCAGUUCCCGGUGGGUCGCGUCCACCGCCUGCUCCGCAAGGGCAACUACUCGGAGCGGGUGGGGGCCGGCGCGCCGGUGUACCUGGCGGCCGUGCUGGAGUACCUGACGGCCGAGAUCCUGGAGCUGGCGGGCAACGCGGCCCGCGACAACAAGAAGACGCGCAUCAUCCCGCGCCACCUGCAGCUGGCCAUCCGCAACGACGAGGAGCUCAACAAGCUGCUGGGCCGCGUCACCAUCGCGCAGGGCGGCGUCCUGCCCAACAUCCAGGCCGUGCUGCUGCCCAAGAAGACCGAGAGCCACCACAAGGCCAAGGGCAAGUGAAUCUCUCUAAAUCCCAGUGUGCACUAAAGCUAAAAGCUUUUAUAACCCAAAGGCUCUUUUCAGAGCCGUCCACGUUUUCACAUGAA